UUUUCAGAUAACAAGUAAAACAAAACCAUAGGUUGGUGGGGGGGAAUUUUGCACCCUCUUUUCUGUUCAACCUCUUUUCCUUUACACCCUUUUCCAACUUUUCUUUCCUUUGUCAAUAGCAUGAGCAGCAAAGUUUUGAAAUUUGAGUAUAUAUCUCUCUCAUGUUUUAUAAAUGGGUAUUGCUCAAAAAACAGAUAAGCUACCCCAAAAAAAAAAAAAAUAAAUAAAUAAAGGUUUUUUAAGGUUUUUUCUUUUUUCUUUUUUCUUUUUUUUGAGGAGGGUUAAAACACAGUCAAGAAUCAUCACUUUAUCUGCCUGCUAAACAACACCACAGAAGUGUCUUCUUCAACUGGUUAAGGUUUCUCAUUUUUCAAGACUAAGCUGAGGGUUGUGGUGUGAGUGAGUAGAGCAGAUUUCAUGGAAGCAAAAUUUUGUUAGUUUUUGUCACUCUGGUUUGUGAACAAGGCGCCUUUGACAGAGACUUCUGAAACAUCAAUUUAUCAUUCCUUGUAUAUCGAGCUAUAUACAUUGAGGAUUGAGGGUUCAGGAAAAUUAAGUUCUGAAGGCUUCUUGUGGUCUUUAAUCGGCAUAUCAUGCUCCAGUAAAGUACAAGCAGGAUCUCAUAUCUCAUUAAAAAUGGAUGUCAAAGAAGCAGAGAGAGUAGUCGUGGCUAAACCAGUAGCUUCAAGGCCUUCUUGUUCGAAUUUUAGAUCUUUCUCAGAGCUCCUUGCUGGUGCCAUUAAUGCCUCACCUAGUAAUGCUUGUUCUGAAACUGCAGUAGCUGCAAUUAGACCAAAAACAGUGAGGUUCAAGCCAGGGGUGAAUCGUGCCCCAACAACAGUGGUUUCUUCCCAGGCAGAACUCCCGGCAACAACAGUUUGCAAUUCAUUUGAUAAUAAUGUUCCAAAGUCAGAUAGUAAACCCUCAUUGGUUUAUAAACCACAGGCAAAACUUGUCUCAAAGACUACUGUUUCUCUCUUGGCAAAUAUGGGGAACUUCAGUAGUAGUCAUCAACAAACACUGCUAGCAGUUGAGGCAAGAGCUCAACAAAUGAACCAAGAAAAGCAAAAUUUCCAACCCCAGAUCAACUCAAAUAUUCACCAGAGUACUCCAUCACGUGCUGAAACAGAGCAGACAAGUGAACCCUCCAAGAUAUCUCAGAACAUGGAUGAGGAUCCAAAAGGUUUACCUGCUAAUACUGAUAGACCCUCCUAUGAUGGCUAUAAUUGGAGGAAAUAUGGGCAAAAACAAGUAAAAGGAAGUGAGUAUCCGCGAAGUUACUACAAGUGCACUCACCCAAAUUGUCCUGUGAAAAAGAAAGUUGAAAGAUCAUUUGAUGGACAGAUUGCAGAGAUUGUCUAUAAGGGUGAACACAACCAUGCAAAGCCUCGGCCUCCCAAGCGCAAUUCAUCAGGGACUCAAGGGACAGGAGUUCCUUCUGAUGGAACUGGUCAAGAUGCCAACAAUUCAUUAUGGAGCAAACAACAGAAUGAAAGGAAUGAAGGCUCUGAAGGUAGAGUUGAGAAUGAGAAUGAAGUAGGAUUACCGGCACAUUCAUCUUAUCAGGGAAAAGCUUCAGUACCUUACGAACCAGUUGCCACCGGAGCAAUUAAUACUGGUGGUGGAACUUCUGAAAAUUCUUGUGGUCUUAGUGGUGAAUGUGAGGAAGGAAGCAAGGAGGGAGAAGAUGAGGGCCAGAGAAGUAAGAGAAGAAAAAGUGAGAUUCAAUCCAGUGAAGUAGGCAUUUCUGGAGAAGGUGUCCAAGAUCCCCAAGUUGUGGUGCAGAAUACCACAGAUUCUGAGAUUUUGGGGGAUGGCUUUCGCUGGAGAAAAUACGGGCAGAAAGUUGUGAAGGGAAAUCCAUAUCCCAGAAGUUACUACAGAUGCACAAAUCUCAAAUGCAACGUGCGCAAGCAUGUUGAAAGAGCAUCAGAUGAUCCAAGAUCUUUUAUCACAACAUAUGAGGGGAAACACAACCAUGAGAUGCCACUUAAGAACACAGCUCCUGUGGUAUCUGAACCAGAAUCACAUGCCCCUUCUAGUAAAGACAAGGCAUGACUACAGGGAAGGAAAAUCAUUGCCUAUGUAUGCCAGCAUGAUUUCUGGUCCCAAAAACAGUCAUAGGAAAUUAUAAGUAUUCCAUCUUGUUGCUACCAAACAACAGGAGAAAUUCAGAAGCCGGCCAUGAAUUUAGGCUGUGGAGGCUUCUUGUUGAUGGCAGUUUUAUAUUGGAACUCAAAUUAUCAGAGUGGAGACAUCCUUUUCCUAAAAUCUUCACCUUAUUAUUUUCUUUUCCAUUUGUUUUUUACAUAAUAUAAAUAAGUACUUGCACAUGUCCUUGUCUGUGAUAUAUGAGUACUUGUAGUUUUGUUCCCAACUAUUCUAGAAUUUGUAUUGUAAGAAUUUCAAAUAGGUUCAGAAUCUCUGUUUCCAAGAUUCUAUGUUUGAAAUUACAAAUGGAAGGAAGAACAUUCUGUUCUGUUCUGUUCUGUCUGUUUUUGCACUGUAUCUGCUUCUUCAUCCCCUGCAUGUUCUUUUUCUUUCCAUGUUUUUAACAUGCACUUUCUUCUAGCAUCUUCUGGAAUCAAUCAAUAACCAGUGCUUGCUUUU